CACCACGUAAGCGGCAUAGCACACGGUUUGAGUGACAGCUCUACUGCCGUUGCCAUGGCUACGGACCGAGAGUGUUGAGAAGGGCGGCUCGCCGUUCUUAACAAAAUUAGAAACCGUUUUGGGGGAACUGAGAGCAGAGACGACAACUUUCCGAUCCAACUGUGAACACAAUGAUGACAAAAUGAGAACGAGCCACGAUCGCCGCCUGAUUCACCGCGACUGCCGGCCGUUUUCCGGACUGUUCCUGCCGGGCUGCAGCCGCCCUGCCGCACCGGGAAAGGCCGGACGGGACGAGCGGGCCCCUCCGCCGCGGGACGACGCCCAGCCAGUUGGCCAUCCUCAGGCCAAACCUCCCGACGACUGCCAGGGGCGCGGGCGCGGACCGGGGUUCGACGGGCCCGCUGACUACGGUGGGCGCGGACCGGGGUUCGACUGGCCCGCUGACUACGGUGGGCGCGGACCGGGGUUCGACGGGCUCGCUGACUACGGUGGGCGCGGACCGGAGUUCGACGGGCGCGGACCGGGGUUCGACGGGCCCGCUGACUACGGUGGGCGCGGACCGGGGUUCGACGGGCCCGCUGACUACGGUGGGCGCGGACCGGAGUUCGACGGGCCCGCUGACUACGGUGGGCGCGGACCGGGGUUCGACGGGCCCGCUGACUACGGUGGGCGCGGACCGGAGUUCGACGGGCCCGCUGACUACGGUGGGCGCGGACCGGGGUUCGACGGGCCCGCUGACUACGGUGGGCGCGGACCGGGGUUCGACGGGCCCGCUGACUACGGUGGGCGCGGACCUGGGUUCGACGGGCCCGCUGACUACGGUGAAACAGCCGGCCGGUUGUUCACCCGUCCCGAAAGCGGAUGA